CGCCAACAGCAGCAAGCUUCCUUGGUGAACGUCGACUCUUUCUCAGAUGUGUCGGAUAUUUGUUUCCUUAAAGCCAGUAGCUAAUCCUUUUAGACCCUUUUUUCUUUAUAUCCACUUUCUUGACACCAAUGACAGGAAAGUUCAGAAGAGAGUCGCAAGUCAAUGAGUCCUUCUCAAGAGCUGCCAUCCCUAUUCUUUCUGAACAACACGAUGCUUCUCAACACUAUGGUUCUAUUAUUUCAGAUCAGGACUCUUUGAUUCAAAGGAGGCGUGCUUCUUCUAUGUAUUCGACAAGGGCACGCCAACUCCAUUUGGCUUCCAUAUCGGUGAAAAAUGGACGUUACCAACCGAUUGAUACAGAUACGACCACAGAAGUGAAAAUGAUGAUGCAAUCUUCGAUUCCUUUGAUAAUAACUCUUCUUUUGCAAUAUUCUUUAACUGUUGCAUCUGUUUUCUUUGUCGGGAACUUAGGUUCAAACCAAUUGGCUGCUGUAUCUUUGUCAAAUCUUUUGGCAAACAUCUCUUCUUUUGGUUUGAUAGAAGGCAUUGCGUCCUCUUUGUCGACGCUUUGUCCACAAGCCUAUGGUCGUAAAGAUUACAAGAUGGUUGGUAUGCAUUCAAUUAGAUGCUUCUUGAUGUUGAUGCUUCUUUAUAUCCCCAUCUUCUGUUUCUGGACAUGGGGCGCAUAUCCCCUGCUUUCAGCAGUGGUCACAGAAGUUGAAGCGUGCAUUUUGGCAGCUCAAUACUUGAAAGUUCUUGUAUGGAGUGUUCCAGGUUUUAUUGUUUUUGAGGUCUUGAAACAAUAUUUGCAAGCUCAAGGUAUUUUCCAUGCUUCAACUGUGGUAUUGCUCAUAUGUGCACCUUUCAACUUUUUAUUGACCUACCUUUUAGUAUGGAACAAACACUUUGGUAUUGGAUUUCUAGGGGCUCCUACCGCUGUUGCCGUCACCAAUACCUUAAUGGCUCUAAUGCUCCUAUUUUACACCUGUUUUAUAAACGGAUAUCAGUGUUGGUGUGGGUUGUCCAUGGAAGUGUUCAAGAAUUGGAGUAGAGCCUUGAAGUUGGCAGCACCUGGAGUCUUGAUGAUUGAAGCUGAAUGGUUAGCAUUUGAAAUCAUCUCUUUUGCUUCUUCCAGGUUUGGAACUGAAUCAUUGGCAGCCCAAUCUAUUGUUUCAACAGUUUGCGUAACCAUCUACCAAAUUCCAUUUGCCGUUUCUGUUGCUGGUUCAACUAGAAUUGCCUGGUUCAUUGGCUCGGCUUCUAAAAAGGCCGCCCUCAUAUCAACUCAUGCUGCAAUUUAUGUCUCUAUCGGGUUUGGGAUUUUCAACUGCAUAGUACUUGGCACUGGCUCUUCAUCAAUUGCCAAAAUUUUUUCACAGGAUGAAGCCGUUGUCAAUUUAGCUUCCAAAGUUUUGAUUAUUGGCGCAAUUUAUCAGAUUCCUGAUUGUCUUUGUUGUGUUCUAGGUGGUGUGUUGAGAGGUCAAGGACGUCAAUAUAUCGGUGGCUGGCUCAAUUUGUUCAGUUACUACGUUUUAGCAUUGCCUGUUGCAUUCUUAUUUGGAUUCCAUUUUGAGCUUGAGUUGUUCGGUCUAUGGAUUGGUAUGAUUGUUGCCUUGGUAUUUGUAUCAACAUGCGAGCUAUUUUUUGUCCUUGCCAGUGACUGGGAAACCAUAAUAAAGGACUCUUUAGUUGAAGACCUCGACGGUCAAAUGCCUCAUACCAGCCACAAUGACUCAGGCUACGAAGAUGCUAUUAAUGAUGACACUUUAUCAUUGAGGCCCUCUAGAAGUUACGGCAGCUUGAUUGACCAUAAUUUGUUAAGUCCAACUAUCAGUUCUGCUACCUUAGGUCAACUUGACCCUUCAGUAUUGCAUAUCUGAUUUUUUUGAAGAAAUGCAACUCUUAUUCAUUAACUUCCCAUACAUUACGUCUACAUAUUCUUUUCAUAAACAUUAUUUGGCGGUUGCUACUAGACCCCAUAAUAUAAUACCCAUCC